AUGAAGGGGCUGAGCCACCUGCUCUGUGCUGAGGAGGAUGCCGUGGAGGGAGCCAUGGCAGCCAGCCAUGACGGCCUAUUGCCAGAUGAGAGAGAAUUUCAAUGUGCUGCUAAAAUGAACAAUUUGGAAACCAUGGAAAAGCUGUUGAAAAAGAAUGUUAAUAUAAAUGCUGUAGAUACUCUGAAGCGCACCGCAUUCCAUUUUGCUGUUGCGAGAAGCCAUAUAUCGGUGGUGGAUUUUCUUCUCCAUCACAAAGCUAGACUUGAUAUGGUGGAUCAGCAUGGCCUGACAGUGAUUCAUCUUGCAGCUUGGACUGGAAAUCUGGAUAUAAUGCGAAAAUUAGUCAAAGCUGGUGCUGAUCAAAAGGCUAAGAAUGAGGAAGGAAUGAAUGUACUGCACUUUGCAGCUCAGAACAACAGCGUUAAAAUAGUUGAUUAUUUUCUCCAAGAUCUUCAUCUGAAUGACUUGAACAAGCCUGAUGGGAAAGGUAAAAAGCCAUUUCUUCUGGCAUCUGAAAAAGGCCAUGUUGACAUGAUAAACAAUUUGAUUACUCUGAAGCUGUUUACCUCUGAAAAAGAUAAGGAGGGAAACACAGCAUUGCAUCUAGCAGCCAAAAAUGGUCACAGCAAAGUUGUAGAAAUUCUCCUUGAACAGUGGGAGGAAAUAAAUGACCUCAAUCAGAACGGAGAAACUCCAUUUUACUUGUCUGUUGAAGGAGGACAUGAAAAAUGUGCUGAACUCUUACUGGAAGCAGGGAGUGACAUCAAUAUUUUAACUCAAAACAAUAGCAGUGCUUUGCAGAUUGCAAUUCAGAAUAGACAUCUAUCCUUGGUCACUUUUCUUAUUGAUAAGAAUAUUGACCUGGUCCCUAAACCUGAGCAGAAGAAUUCCCCUCUCCAUUUAGCAGUCAUCAAUAAUGAUCUACCAGUAGUAAAAAGCCUCUUGGAUGCCAAUCAUGAUAUAAACUCCUUAAAUCAUAGGCAGGAAACCCCUCUACAUCUGGCAGCUGAUCUUGGCAAUGUGGAGCUGGUGGAAGUGCUGCUGAAGGCAGGCUGCGAUCUCAAGACUGUGGACAAGCAUGGAAAAACUGCACUAGCUGUAGCAUCAAGGAGCAAUCACGCCCUCAUUGUAGAUAUGAUCAUUAAAGCAGAAAGGUAUUAUGCCACGAACCAGGAACAUCUAGCUCAUAGUGACGAUAGGUCAGAUUUCGGCUUGUCCUUCAAACAAGAUCACAGUACACAAACCAAGCAAAUUCGUUCAUCCCUGUGGAAUCUAGCAUACAACCAGCUAAAACCCCAGGAAUGGAAAAAACUGGCCCUGUUCUGGAAGUUCACAGAUGAACAAAUUAAAGCUAUUGAAGAACAAUGGACAGGGAAAAAAAGUUAUAAGGAACACGGAAACAGGAUGUUGCUCAUCUGGUUACAUGGUAUAUUGCUGGCUCAUCAGAACCCUGUCAAGCAUAUAUAUGAAAAUCUGGUGGAAGCAGGAUUUCAGCCUUUAGCUGAGAAGAUCAGAGCUGCAAGUGGCACUGACAUGGACUCCAGAAAAUGUGCCAUUUUAUGAGUUCAUCAAUAAAACCUGGCAUGUAUAUAAUGGAAUUACAUGUGAGAGAGAAAGUGACUUUCAAAUACAAAUAAUAACUUCUCUUGAAACAAAAACCUACUUUGAAGUUGUGUGACCUUUUCCAACCUAGAACUUGCACUCCUGAAACAUUGCUUAGUUCUCUCUCAUAUGCUUGCUAUACAAUGAUUUAAAGAAUUUAAGAGUGAAUGGCUGGCUGGUAAUUUAUGACUAUACUGCUAAGCAACAACCAGCCCCCUACAAUUUCUACACCUGGCUUAACAUGGAUACACUAAUUCUGUAUUGGAAAUGCAAAUUAAGCUAUUUUGUGUUUGGCACGAAAUGUAAAUUAGAUGUUUUCUACCUGAAAGAAAUUAAAUUUAAUAAGUGAAAAUUAUGUGUAUAAAUCAACACUUCCAGAAAUAGGUCUCAUUUGGGAUUCAGGUUUUUACAAAGGCUUACUAGGAUUAUAGUGUUCCUGUCUGAAGAGGGCUUUUCUCUUGUUUAAUUAGUGCUAGGGUUAGGACAAGUCUUUCUUCUUCAACAUUUUAUAUAUGUCAUGAAAUUAUACAAAAAUGUCAUGUCUAAAACUGUGUG